UGUGAUUUGAGUUUGAAGUCAUAAAUUUCGGUCUUCCGUUGGAAUUCAAUCACAUGGCUGACUCGAAAGGAAAAGCCAAACGUAAUUUGAUUUCCCUUUCUUCUUCUGAGGAGGAAGACGAACUAGAAACAGAAGAAGAAGAUGAUGAUUAUGACGAGAAUAACAGUUUUUCCAGUUCCAGUGGAGAUGAAAUUGAAGAAGAAGAAGAAGUGGAAGAGGAAGGGAGCGAUUCGGACGAUAAUGAUCGGACUGAGAACGACGAGUCUCUCUGCAAUCUUGUCAUCGCUCUUCUCAAAGAGGGAGGUGAAUUAGAAAGCUUAAGCUUGAAACAAUGCAAAGCUUAUUUGCGAAUUCGUGGCCUCCGAAUCACAGGCACUAAGGCAGUGUGCCAACAGAGAAUCCUCGAGCAUUGGAGAAUAAAAGACGGGAAAGCUGAAGGCUUUUAUCCCAGGUCAUCCUUUUCUAUUAAUUGUACUGGGGAUGUUUGUAAAGGAGAUGUUGUUUUGUUUACGCAGAAGGUUUAUGAGAAGUUCAAUAAAGUGAAAAGGCAUGGGAGACUUCUGGGUAGCAGAACUGUUGCUGGAAGGGUUGUUAAAGAAAGCUAUGGCAAAGCCAAACAACAACAUACAUUUACGGUUGAAGUUUUAUGGAGCAAGGGGACUAAGAAAUUUCCCCCACUAUUUCCUCUGCUUGUAAAGGGUCGUAACCUUUAUAAAUUGAAAACAUACAGACAGCGGUGGAGUAGUGAGGCUGAAAGAAGAAAUGUUCUUGCUGAGAAGCACAGACGAGGCAAAGCAGCAAGACUGGUGAAAGCAAUGAAAGAGACGAGGAAGUGGUCUACAAUUGGUACAAAACACCAAAAGCAUUUACAUCAAUCAAGACCUUCAAAAAAGAGAAAAGCAACUGAACCGGAAAGGGGAAAGAUUGAUAACGCACGAGGAAAAGCCUCUAUUCCAAGGUGUGCAAAUAUCAGUAACAAUUACCAAGCGAAUUCAUUUGCCGGUAUGAAGAAUCAGAACUCAAGGUUAAGAGUCUCUAAUACUUCUUAUAGUCAUCAAAAGCCUGUUCAUCUCACUGAAGUUAUAGGUUUCACUCGUCAUUCAUAUGCUGGUAUGAAGAAGCAAAACUCAAGGUUAAGAAUCUCUAAUACUUGUUAUAGUCAUAAAAAACCUGUUCAUCUCACUGAAGACAUAGGUGCCAGUCAACAUUCAUAUGCUGGUCCUGUCCUAAACUCUUAUCAAUCUCAAACAAACUUUCACCAACGGAGUGCAUCACCCCAGUUCACCAGCUAUGAUAUGGGAUCCACUUCAACAAUGGUAAGAUCAUUGCCUUUCAGACCUUAUAUAGAUCUAUGGACAAUACCUGCUUCACAGUACCAGGGGUUCAACCAUCACAAUUACACUCACUGUCCCAACUCAAAUCCUGGCUUUUGCAAUAGAUGAAGGAAUUUGGUCCAGUCUCCAGAUUUAAUGAAUGUAUGUUGGCAGGCUGUUGUAAUAUCAAUUGCCUUCUGGAGUAGAGGCAUAUAAAUGGAGGAAAAAUUAUUUUCACUCAGUUUUCAUAAGGAUAUCAGGAUUUUCUCCGUAUGGAAAUCAUCCAGAUAGAUAGGAAAAGGAAUAUCUUCUGCACUUUUCAUUCUCUUAAAUGAAAUGGUAGUAAGGUUUUACAUGCAAUUCUUUGCUUGAAAUUCUCAGAUGAUAUAUUUGUGCACUUUUGGUACUCUGGCUAUAUUUCUAGAAUUGUUUUCUGUUAAUAUUUUACGGUAUUUAGUUUCUGGAUCAUAUGUAGCUGUGUACCAAAUUGUGUUUUCUGGUAAAAAUUCAGUGGUAUAUGUGAGGAUUUAUUGGAUUGAGGGUUGAUCUACACCGAACAACAAUAAGUCUUUGAUGAAUAUAAUAGUUUUGAAAUUUCAUA